CUAAACGGUUGCAACCCCGUAAUGAUCCGAAAGUGCACCAAACUCCCCGACAAGUUUCCUGUCACUCAUGAAAUGGUUUCUGUCAGCCUGGAGAGGGAGCUGACUCUGGAGCAGGAAAUAGAGGCAGGUAACAUCUACAUCAUAGACUUCGAGGUGUUGGACGGCAUCAGUCCUAACUCAACAGACCCGUGCACACUGCAGUACCUGGCAGCUCCAAUCUGUCUACUCUACAAGAACGCCCAGAACAAGAUCCUGCCCAUAGCCAUACAGCUUGGGCAAUCUCCGGGUGAAGACAACCCGAUCUUCCUGCCCACUGAUGGUCAGUACGACUGGCUGCUGGCAAAGAUCUGGGUCCGAUCAGCCGACUUCCAGUACCAUCAGACCAUCACACACCUGCUCAGGACUCAUCUGAUGACAGAGGUGUUUGCUAUUGCUAUGUACAGGCAACUCCCUGCUGUUCACCCUGUGUAUAAGCUACUUAUCCCACACAUUCGUUUUACCAUCGCUAUCAACACCAAGGCCAGGGAGCAGCUCAUCUGUGAGUGUGGCAUCUUUGACAAGGCAAACGCAACAGGUGGAGGUGGUCAUGUCCAGCUGGUUCAAAAGGCGGUAAAGAAUCUGACCUUCAGGUCUCUGUGCUUCCCGGAUAUCAUCAAAUCCCGUGGUGUGGACAACACGGAGGAGCUGCCCACCUACUUCUACAGAGACGAUGGCUACAGAGUUUGGGAGGCCACCAAGAGGUGAGGAAAAACUCUUUAAAGAGUUUUUAUAGACAGCACAGAUAAAAAGUUUGUGUGUUUGAUGGAGAGACAUCAGUCAUG